AUGAUUCUCAACCUUGAGGAUGAGUUACAAUCUUAGUAAUUCACUUCUCAAGGUUUACUAGAAGAACUUAAAAUAAAAAUAGAUGCACAUCUUGAUGUCAAUGAGCAUCUUCUCAAGAAGAAAGUUUCCAUCUUAACUCUAAUGAGAUGGGAGUAAAAAAAGCAUUUUCACAGAAGCAUGAAAUAAAGUGAAAUCCACCAACUCUACUGUCAUAAGAGAUUAUCUCCAGAUGUGAGAUGCUAAGCAUGUAAUAUGUUUUACACGACUUUAGAGGAUGAGGUUAUGCGGAAAUGUGAGAAAUGUGAUGUCUACAUUCAUGACUCGUGUAUUAGAAAGAUGAAGAUGAAGUUCAAUGAGUGGAAGAAGGUAUUUCAUUCUUGUGAGUCUAAGUAUAGAUGUGACUUAUGCAGCUAAGGUAAAGCAACAAUGAAAAUAUCUGAUGAAAAAGGUUUGAAUAUUGUGCACUGCCAUGAGACUUGCUUUUAUUUCUACAGUAUCAAGAAUAGAUACAGUGAUGAAAAGAUUGUUCUGCCCUUAAAGAGAUUAGCUUUCAAAGGUUUCUAUUUGAAGUUUCUCAUGAUAAACAGAUUACAAGCAGAAUUUAAUGUAGCAAUCAUAGGUAAAUUUACCCCUUUUAACUUAAUUUUUACUAGAACAUCUAAAUACUUGGCUACUAUGACUUUGAAAUAAGAUGGUAGAAACUAAAUCCCUGGAUUGAAUGCAAUAUCUUAUGAUAUAGCUAAAAUUUCUAGUCCAGAGAGAUCUGAUUCAAUCCUUAACUGCAAGAAAAUCAUUAAUAACAAUAUGAUUGUAAUUGAUAAGUGCAGAGGAAUCCUAACUAAAUGGUAGCAUACUGGUAUAGUCACAAUUACCCUCUUAAAACUGAAAGACUUUUAUGCUUUUGAAGAGUCUUAGGUUAUUCCUCCAAAAUAAGCAAACUAUGAUCACUUGAUGGAUCCAAAGUUGUUUCCCUGCAAAUCCCUUAUUAAAUCCUAUAAUAUUUAGUCAUACUAAGUCCUAAGCAUCCUGAAAUCUCUGAGAUUUAAUGUGUCUGACAGAGUAUUUGCUGAUAUGAUGUAUGAAAAUAGAGAGUCAUGGGAAACAUUCAGAAAAAUCAAGAGAAUAAUUAUAUCAGGUUAGUUUAAGUUUCUUUGGCGGUUCUUCUAUCACAAGAGAAAAGACUUUAGAAUAAAGCUUAUCUAAAAAAUGAAUCCAAAGGUACAAAUUAAAGAAUCUAUGUUCUGCAUUUGUCACAAAAAAGAAAAAACUAUGGUUGAAUGUAAAGGUGGAUACUUUUGUAAAUAUGGUGGAAAGUAUCAUCCAGGUUGUCUUGGAUUAUUCUUCAAAAGCGUCUACAAAUCAUUGAAUCAGAUUGAAUACUUUGCUUAUUGCAAAUCCUGUGAAUAGGAGAGAUUGAAUGAAGCAUAUUCAAUCAAUGCAGUUAAUAGAGUAAUCGCUGAGUUCGAUGAGUGGCUUAUCCUAGAUGCAGUCAUCACUAACUAAAUCAAAGUGGAUUCUAAGUACAAGCAGGAACUCUUCAAAUGA